AUGAGCCUCACGGAGGAUAAGUCCAAACCCUACAUCCCGUUGGCCGGCUUAGCCAGCGAUGGCUGGUCCAAAGAAGAUGAGGCUACAGCCACAUGCUUUUGUGGUGAAGUGCAACUGGUCUUUCCAACCAAUGGGCCUGGCCUAGUCGAUACAUUCCUCUGCAACUGUACGGACUGCCGAAAACUUACUGCAUCCAUGUUCGCAUCCAACUUCACCAUUGAUGACAAGUACUUGAAGCAUGUGCGUGGCCAGGAAAACCUCAAAACCUUUGGUCAAUCAAAGACCAUUGGCUCUGGCAAUAAGAUGACGAAUUACUUCUGCUCAAAUUGCGGCACACUGAUGUAUCGUCGCGGCGAGGCUUUCCCAGGAGUAAGCAUCCUGCGUAUCGGCACAGUCGAUGACUUCAAUUUGCAUGAGACGAAGUUGAAGCCAAGAGUGGAACAGUUUACCAAAGAUCGUGUGGGAUGGUUUCAUGGUUUGGAGGGCGUGAGGCAGGUCGAAGGUAGUGCGUACACAUAG